CCCCGCCGCUCGUCCCCGCCGCGGCCGCGCCGCCUGCAGCAGCACCAGCUGCUCCUCCCCGGCGGCCGCCCCCCGCGGGUCCCUCCCUGGCUGCGGGAGAGACGGAGGUAGAGGGAGGACACAGAGCCGCGCCGCCCGCACCGGAGACCUUCGCCUCGCCCCGCCGGCUCCUCACCCUCUGGGAGGAACAUGGAUAAUCUGAGUGAUACCUUAAAGAAGCUGAAGAUAACAGCUGUUGACAGGACUGAGGAUAGUUUAGAAGGAUGCUUGGAUUGUCUACUUCAAGCUCUGGCUCAGAACAAUACGGAAACAAGUGAGAAAAUACAAGGAAGUGGAAUACUUCAAUUGUUUGCAAGUCUUUUGACUCCACAGUCUUCCUGCACAGCCAAAGUAGCUAACAUCAUAGCAGAAGUAGCCAAAAAUGAAUUUAUGCGAAUUCCAUGUGUGGAUGCUGGUUUGAUUUCACCACUGGUGCAGCUGCUAAAUAGCAAAGACCAAGAAGUGCUGCUUCAGACGGGCAGGGCUCUAGGAAACAUAUGCUACGAUAGCCAUGAGGGCAGAAGUGCAGUUGACCAAGCAGGUGGUGCACAGAUUAUAGUUGACCAUUUAAGGUCACUGUGCAGUAUAACAGAUCCCGCCAAUGAGAAGCUCUUGACUGUCUUUUGUGGCAUGCUGAUGAACUAUAGCAAUGAGAAUGAUUCCCUUCAAGCUCAGCUUAUCAAUAUGGGUGUUAUUCCUACUCUAGUGAAAUUACUGGGCAUCCACUGCCAAAAUGCAGCGCUUACAGAAAUGUGUCUUGUUGCAUUUGGUAAUUUAGCAGAACUUGAGUCAAGUAAAGAACAGUUUGCCAGCACAAACAUUGCGGAAGAGCUAGUUAAACUCUUCAAGAAACAAAUAGAGCAUGAUAAGAGAGAAAUGAUUUUUGAAGUUCUUGCUCCAUUGGCAGAAAAUGAUGCUAUUAAACUACAGCUGGUUGAAGCAGGCCUGGUAGAGUGUCUACUAGAGAUUGUUCAACAGAAAGUGGAUAGUGACAAAGAGGAUGAUAUUGCUGAGCUCAAAACUGGUUCAGAUCUAAUGGUUUUAUUACUUCUUGGAGAUGAAUCCAUGCAGAAAUUAUUUGAAGGAGGAAAAGGCAGCGUAUUUCAAAGGGUGCUUUCCUGGAUUCCAUCAAAUAACCACCAGCUACAACUUGCUGGAGCAUUGGCAAUUGCAAAUUUUGCCAGAAAUGAUGGAAAUUGUAUUCACAUGGUAGACAAUGGGAUUGUAGAAAGACUCAUGGAUUUGCUGGACAGACACGUAGAAGAUGGGAAUGUCACUGUACAGCACGCAGCGCUGAGUGCCCUCAGGAACCUGGCCAUUCCAGUUAUAAAUAAAGCAAAGAUGUUAUCAGCUGGGGUCACAGAUGCAGUUUUGAAAUUUCUUAAAUCUGAAAUGCCUCCGGUUCAGUUCAAACUUUUGGGAACAUUAAGAAUGUUAAUAGAUGCACAAGCAGAAGCUGCUGAACAACUGGGAAAGAACGUUAAGUUAGUGGAGCGUUUGGUAGAAUGGUGUGAAGCCAAAGAUCAUGCUGGUGUGAUGGGAGAGUCGAAUAGACUGCUCUCUGCCCUCAUACGGCACAGUAAAUCAAAGGAUGUAAUUAAAACAAUUGUACAGAGUGGUGGCAUCAAGCAUCUAGUUACUAUGGCAACUAGUGAACAUGUAAUAAUGCAGAAUGAAGCCCUUGUUGCUUUGGCAUUAAUAGCAGCUUUAGAAUUGGCCACUGCUGAAAAAGAUCUAGAAAGUGCUAAACUUGUACAGAUUUUACACAGACUGCUAGCAGAUGAGAGAAGUGCUCCUGAAAUCAAAUAUAAUUCCAUGGUCCUAAUCUGCGCUGUCAUGGGAUCUGAAUCUCUACACAAGGAAGUGCAGGAUUUGGCCUUUCUAGAUGUUGUAUCCAAACUUCGCCAUCAUGAGAACAAAAGUGUUGCCCACCAGGCCUCUCUCACAGAGCAGAGACUUACUGUGGAAAGCUGAGAACUGCCCCUCCCGGAUAUAUAGCAUCACCCCAUCUCUGAUUUCCCCCUUUGUCCUCCAUCCAGCUGCCUCUUCCAUACUCUCCCAUAUCACUUGUGCAUGCACGUAAUGUCCCAAUACCAAAUGAAGAACUGCUGUAGGUACCUAAUAAGAUUUCUAAAUCCAUAGUUAGUGUGAACAUGACUUCAUACAAACCAGUCUCCACCUAUAACUGUUCUCUUGUAUUCCUGUUGCUUGAGCUACAUUAAGUACAAUGUGCAUGUUGUAGUCCUCUGAUGAUGUAAACUUGGUACUACAUAAUGACUUACUCCUCACACGCAGUAAACCACAUAAUGAUGUACUGGUAAAUUAGAAACAAAGAAUGUAGAAGGAUCUGUCUAGCUUAUUAAAGAAGAAAUGGAAUAGUAAAAAAAAGCUCCAUUUUUUUGGUGCUUGGGAAGCACAAUGAACAGAAAAACUAUAUGGCUGCUUAUUCAUUAGUCUUACUAAUGUUGAACCCAUGGUACCUAGAGUGAAGUAAAAUUCUAGUGCUCUCACUCUUUA